CGCAAGAUCCUCCUUGCCAAAGAGCGGGAAAACUUGAAAAGUGCCCCCGCGACUAUAAAACUCUGACAACUUAAGAAACAAGCAAAUCAAAAGAGCGGUCGCAAAAUAUUACGUACCGAAAAAAAUGUGUGAAGAGACUUUAGCUUAUCAUAUAAAAAAGACAAGAGCGAUACGUUAUGAAAAAAGCGCGACAUUAAAAUAAAAACGUACACAUGAAGAAAAAAAAAGUGUGUGCUUACAGUGACAAUGUAAUAUGUCUUAGAGAGAUUGGCUAAUCACAGAUAAGAAAACACGCUGUCAAGAGUAGGGGAAGAACAGUGGCCAUCGACCUAGGGUCACUCCGUCUUCUUAACGUCUUUUUUAGUUUAUCACGUUUAUAUCGCCGGCGAGAGAGAGAGACUUUGCUGGUUUGCAAAGUAUUUGCACAUGUUGUAAAGUGAGUAGUAAAAUCGCGCCGAUGCCACACAACACCGCAAAUCGAACGUCGACGAUUAUGAGUUCGCGAAGAUUUAGGAGAGACUCGGAUAUCAUUUUAUCCAACGUCAGUCACAAGGAACAUCUUUUCAAAUUUCUCAUUAUUGGCGAUUAUGGCGUCGGUAAAACUGCGUUGGUCAGAAGGUACACAGAAGGAAAGUUCUCCUCGAAUUACAAGAUUACUAUAGGCGCCGAUUUUGCGACAAAAACGCUUGAUUGGGAUCCGCACACUAAAGUUAACUUGCAGCUAUGGGAUAUUGCCGGCCACGAGAGAUUCGGAUACAUGACAAGAGUUUAUUAUAAAUAUGCGGUAGCGGCAGCUCUCGUGUUCGAUAUUUCACGCACGGCGACCUUCCAGUCGAUGAAGAAGUGGUUGAACGACCUCCGAGAGAAGGUUACGCUUCCGGACGGUUCGAAUAUUCCGGUCGUGCUGCUGGCAAACAAAUGCGAUAUAUCGGUCGCCGUAAUAAACGAACAGAUCUUCAAGUUUUGCAAGGAAAAUAAGAUAGACGCUUGGUACGCGACUUCAGCGAAGAACAAUACCAAUGUCGAUGCGGCAAUGCGCUACUUGGUGGAGAAAGUAUUGAGCGCAAAGAUCGAGAAUGACUUACGCGACUCGAUUCGACUGCAACGCGAGACUUCGUUGAGAUAUGAAAAAUUUGGAUGUUGCAAAUAGAGAAUAAUU